AUGAAUUAUCCUGCUCCAUUUGCUAAACGACUUAAAUCAGUUUCUUUUUCGAUACCUGCUCUUAUGGCUUCUCAUUUUCUUUCUGCUUCGGUUUGGAGUUUGAAAUUGGUCAAAGGUACUCAAGAAAGGCCACGGGUAGUUUUGAGCGAGUCUAAUCGUUAUUUACGGGUUCAGGCGAUAGAUGACACAUUAGGUAAUACUUUACUUUAUUCCUCUACUGCUGAUUUUACUGAAAAAAAAGAUGACUAUUCGCGAAAAAAUAAAGACUAUGCGAAAAAAUUGGGAGAAAUAUUUGCUGACAAAUUAAAGAAAAAAGGACAAAAAGAUAUUGUUUUUGACCGUAACGCCCGUCCUUAUCAUGGAAAGAUAAAGGAUUAUCCAACACCCUCAUUAGAAAAAAAAAAUGAUGAGGCUGGGAAAGGGGAUAGAACGGAAAAUUUGAGUGAGUCGAAUAAAAGAGGAAAGUGGAGAGAAAGAAAGCCUGAACAAUCCCAAUUAAAAAGUGAAAUAUUGGAAACAAGCAGGCCAACAAAAGUAACUAAGGGUGGUAGAAGAUUUAGUUUUACUUGUUUAGUUUUAGUGAAAGAUGAAGGUAAUAAGGCAGUUGCUUACGCCCGUUCGAGAGGAAAAGAAGUUAUGAGAGCUUUUCGUGGAGCCUUUCGCAAAGCUCAGGGAAAAUUAAUAACUUAUUUUCCUAUUCCUCCUCGCUCCAUUGCUCGCGACGUAGUAGUAAAGUGUAAAACUAUUAAACUUCUUUUAAAACCGGCGCAGGAGGGGAGCGGAAUCAAGGCUAGUGAUGAACUUAGAAAAUUAUUCACUUUUCUUGGGAUUAAAGAUAUAAGUGCUAAAAUAAUUUCUUCUCAUGGAGCUCAAAAAAAUAAACUUAAUAAAAAAAGAGAUUUUGGUCGAGGCAUUGGCUCAGGAAGAGGAAAAACGUGCGGUCGCGGUGGUAAAGGACAAACAGCACGAACCGGAGGUGGAACUCGCCCUGGUUUUGAGGGAGGGCAGACCCCUGUUUUUCGUCGUUUCCCUAAGCAUGGUUUCAAAACUUCAAAGUUAUUUUAUCAAAUAGUUAAUUUAGAAAAGUUAGAGAAAGAUGAGAAAAUAGUGAGUGGUCAAACAGUUGAUUUUUUAAAAAAUAAAGUGCCAACUAAAAUAUUAGGUAAAGGAAAAUUGACUAAAAAAUUAAUCAUUAAAGCGAUUGCUUUUUCCCAAAAGGCACAAGAAGAGAUAGUUAGAGCAGGCGGAAAAUUUGAAACAAUACAAAAAUAA